AUGGCCUACCGAGUAACCUCGACCUGCGAGAUUCCUAACCAAGGUCUUGUCGAGGCGCAACUGGCCAGCGUGCACCAGCAAAAUCGACUACGAAACCUGCGCCAAGAACGUCAUACGAUCAGCGAAGAAGUUAUCGAGACGCUAGACCACCACUGGGGUCGCGUACCCGACAAUUGGGGGAAUACGCUGGCUGAGCUGAAUCGGAGUACCGCGAAGGAUGACUACCUGACCAUCUGGGAGUCAGUGCUGUGA